AUGUUUGGUGAAUCCCCUUCUACCACCUCUCCCACGUCGCCGCAGAGAUCUGCCAAGGGGUACUUUAAAUGUGGCAGCUGCAGCAAGAGCUAUGUUCGCGCAGACCAUCUUAUUCGGCAUGUUCGGUCUCAUACAAGAGAGAAACCUUACGUUUGCCACAUCUGCAAUAAAGGCUUCGCCAGGCCUGACUUGAUGAAGCGGCAUGCUGCGGGUCACGAAAAUCCAGACGAAGGAAAACGAAAACGACCCCCAUCGUAUCCGAAGAACGGUCGCGUCUCCCAGGCCUGUGCUGCUUGCGCUAAAAGUAAACUGAAGUGUGACGAGGAGAAGCCGUGCAAACGAUGCAGGGAAAAGGGAUUCACGUGCGACUGGCCGGAUGGCGGGAAUGAUGCGUCGCCUUCCCCUGUGCAAGGAUCGCAUACCGACCAACCGAACGAUUCCCUCGACGAUGGACUCGAGCAGCCCUCACUCUCACCUUUUAAUCCUGGCGAGGAGGCUGAAAUGCUAGAUGUAAUCGACCCGGCUGAUUUGGAGUCCCCUGUCGCAAUAGAUCCCUAUUUGCCCGCAACAGGGACGAAUCCAUUACCCGAUGAUGGCUUGUCAAUGACUUACGGUGCUCAAACGAUUUCUCCUGCCAUGGAUCAUGACAGCGGUAUUUUCAGCGUCGACGGUACCUUUUUUCCGAACUUCAUUCCCGACUCCUUAAUCCCUUCUCUUGCGCGUCACGAUAUGGACACCUCGACCAACCUACCGCACGACUACAUUCACGAUGUAUUUGAUCAUAAUGUGAAUUUUGACUUCGACCUCACCGACGUGGACUUUGGCCUGAUUGAUUUCUUCAACACCCGAGGAAUUGCCGAGGCACCCGACCGCUCCGAUGCAGACAGCGGCAUUGCCCUGGGCGCCGAAGCAUACCGACGGUCAUCAUUAUCGAACUGGACGCCAGCCCAUGAAGACCAUGCAUACGCUCACCAAGGCGACCUAUCGGUCCCUAAAUCCAUCGACAGCCCAGAGGCCAACAUGCGACCGGAACGUCACAUACUAUCAGAGCGCCUGUCGCCAGGAAGUCGUGAUCUCAUCUUCGGCAUGGUUCUCCAAACGAACACAAAAGCCACCACCACACGGAUAAUGAAGUCGUUCCCGAGCACAGAGCUGCUGGACAGCCUGAUUCAGGACUACUUCGAGUUUCAAAAUUGCCACAUUGACUCCUGGAUCCAUGGCCCAACAUUUCAGCCAAACGACCAAAACCCGGACAUGUUAGCUGCUGUUGCCGCUGCGGGCGCGAUCAGAUCGCCUAUUCCGACUAUCCGAAAGCUUGGAUUUGCGUUGAUGGAGGUCGCGAGGCUUCAGCUAUCAUCCAAGUAUGAGAAUGACAAUUCAACAACUCGUGACUUACGGGCCUCGCAGACUUUCGCCCUGUCCCUCGAUAUCGGCAUCUGGAGCGGGAACGGUCGACGCACCGAAAUUGCCGAAAGCUUUCAACAACCGCUGAUUACGAUGCUACGGCGUUCUCUGCGCUUCCGACGCUCCGCGUAUUCUACGAUUCUCCCUAGCGUGGACGACUCACCGGAAUCUUUGGAGCGGAAAUGGCGCACCUGGGCCGAGCAGGAGUCUUUCAAAAGACUUGCACACCACCUCUUUCUUCACGACGCUCAGUCUGCUAUGAUGCUGAACGCUACUCCGAUUCUUUCCUACGCCGAGCUCGAACUUCCAUUUCCUGCCAUCCGAGCACUCUGGGAUGCCCAAUCUGCCGACGAAUGGCGAGACAUAUACCUACGAACUGGGACAGGCCCCGGCCGUCUGCCCUCACUAGUCGAUACACUGCAUAAUAUGUCAGAGCUCUCAUCGUUCUCGGGAUGCAUCGACUCACAGCUAAGCAUCUUUAUUCUCUUACAUGGUCUCUCCGCUCUCAUCAACGAAUACCACCGCCUCAAAUUCAUCUCCAAAGGCAGCUCGAAGCACUGGAACGCUCUCGUCAUCAGCUCCCGCCAGCAAGAGCUCUCCCAGGUUAUAUCCUUCUUCCGCAUGGUCUACCAUGAACUCGCCGACACCCCAAGCCCGCAGAUUCUCCUCGUCUACGAAAUGAUAUCCAUGUUCCUGUAUAUGUCCCUUGAGGAAUUACAGCUCUUCGCCGGAAAAGAAGACAAGAAAGAAGCCCGACGCGUGUACCAAAGCGCCCUCGAGUGGAUCAACAGCAUUGACUCUCGUCGGGCGCUCUGGCAUGCAGGACAGGUUCUCCGCGCCGCAAAAGCCAUGCCGCCCGGUUCACUGACGGGGUUCUUUGCCGUGGGUGUAUACUAUGCUAGUUUGGCUUUCUGGUCCUACAGCGUUGUUUACAGGGCGAAAAAUGCGAAGAAGCCGGCAGGCAGUCCGCCGGAGGGGCAUUAUGGUGGGCGAUGGCCCACUGUGUUUCUGGACGGCGACGACUCGACCGACGUGCAGAAGUUUAUCUCUCUGGGAUGCGGAUGUCCGGCGUUGCAGGGACCACGAAGUCCUGUGCUGGUUGCGGACCCGAAUCAGACGAUGGCUCUUGCGCGAGGAGUCCUUCGUGCUGAGGCGUCGCAUGAUGCGCUGCCGCCGUUGGUGCAGAGUCUUUGCCAGUUGAUGGGGGAUCUGGGGAAUGCGGCCAGGUCGAGUGCAGUUGGAUCGGUGUGA